UUGCAUACAUGGCAGGAACCACCGACGGGAAAUCACGAGAUCUACUACCUCCUACUCGACAAACAGGUUUGCACCAUAUUGUUAUGUCUCUACUUAUCGUCCACCGCCUAUCUGCUCCUUUCAAGCCAUGUAGAAUAGUUUAUAAGAUUUUAGUCAUGCAGGGGACGCAGAUUGUCGCAGCAGCUGACCCAACAAGAGACGUAUCAAGAAUUCCACAAUUGGAAGUCGGGACAAUUUACAGAAUCGCUUCAUUCUUUGUAGAACCUGCCCAGAGCAAGGCAAGUUGUUGUUCAACAAGUAUUGCACUGCGAUUCACUAAACAGACGACCUUCGAACCCCGCCCUGAACCACCUCAGACGCAUACCAUCCAAUAGACAUGGCCGAGCCAGUUCCUUUCUGCUAUUUACUAGAUAGGGCAAUGGACAAAGGAACAAAAUCAGGUAUUCCUAGAACUCCAAUAAGUUGUAAGGCAAAAAACUGUACAGGAACAUUAACUUGCUCUGCCUUGCAUUUCAUGUACUAAAGACAUAGUCGACCGCAUAGUCGCUGUUUUCAGGCCAUAUGCAAAAGCUUCCGGCAAACUGAGAUCGACACGUCAACUGAUUAUGCUAGAGAAUGAACGGUGUGAAUUCAAGGAAACCCCUCCAUCAAGUUUCCUUUAAACAAAUCGAUAGACAACUGUUUAUUUUUUUCCCCUUUAUCACAUGCAGCCAUCAACGGGUCUUGACCAAAAUCGUCAACCAAAAAGUCACUGAUACGCUUGAGGCUACAGUUGUUGCUCAAGAACAAAACUGCCCGGUCAUAGCAACUCUUACUGCAAUGCUUGGCACAUACUCGAAAGGUAUCCAUUCCAUUUGGCAGAUGAUAACAACAUUGUCCAUAUCAAUUAAGAAAUGUGUCUAUGAUGCAAGUAAGGUCUUAUACAAGAGCACAUUCAGCACACGGGUCAUUAUCAAACAGAACCUCAGGAUGCAUCGACCCAUGUUCUUUAGGUCCAUAUGCUUUCAUUAAUAAAACUAAGUCUAUUUGCCUUCGCUGGCACAUGACUAUUUUUUGUGUGUUUGGUACAGCCACUCAAAUUCAAACAUGCCAGUAUUUUGGAUUGAUCAAAACCGCACCACUGAACAACUGAAACCACUAGGGUCACGCAAGUAUUGUCAGUCCAUCCAAGAUUUAGUGGCUGAAUUGGCUAUCUAUUUUGCAGACAACGAAGAUAGACCACUCAAUGUAUGCCUCCUACCCUCUAAUGGUACAUAAAAUAUUUAGUGAAGCUAAUCAAACUACUUUCAUUUGGUUAUUUAUACAUACAUACAUCAUUCAUGUGCUUUGGAACAAUCACAGUUGUUAACUGGCGCUUUGGGUUCUUCUGCUGGUUAUGCCCUGAAUGCUUACCACAAAAGGAGAAGCUCUUGGCCAAUGACAUCUGCCCCAAUUGCUCUGCAUACAUAGCCGAUGACGACCAAAUAAAAAGGUAUGUAUUAUGCAAUUUUGUACAUAUACACAAUCGUUGAAAUGGACAAGUUUCUUCUAACUCUGAGUAUCCACACAACAGUUUCUACUUCUCAUUUGACGUCGCCGACGAAACAGCCACAACCACGUUCCUUAUUAGUCAUGAGGCAACUGCAGCCAUACUGCAAACAAGCCCUCGGCGAGACCUUGAGACAGCCGAUGUUGAAAUACUACUAGAAUCUAUCAUCAACCGUUCUUAUACAUUUGAAGUGAAGUUCUUACCCAUGCCUGACCACAUUACAGAAACCUUCGAAGUUGUUGCAAUUUGGCAUUCUCAUGCUGCAAGUUUAUACCAAUGGUCCAGUUAAUUGGCAUACCAAAACUUAUGUUCUACUCACUUGCAACAUAUCCAUGUCAAUCUCUCUCUUUAGAUCACUGAAGCAUAUGUGUUCCCUUAUAACUCAUGUUUAUUUUCAGCUUCUUUUGUUUUAACUAAACAUGCUGGCCUACAAACUAUUAUGUCCCUCUAUCACAAGAUAGAGGUCCAACUCACUGGACCGCGUAAUAUUUAAGUUUGUUUUCAGGUUCUCUGUUAGAAUUGGUGCUUGCUUUCAAGGUUUUAUUUACUUCUUAUCUUUUAUUAUGUCAUAUGUUAUUGCAUUUCUCAUAAUCGCGAAGCGUAGCGAGCGGGUCUUUGCUAGUUCAUUCACAGCGACGAGUUUUUGGUUUCUGAAAAUUAAAGGAAAACGACGACGUUUGCCCUGCGCGUUAUGCGGCGGAACAGCAUUUAUAGGCACGGCGCCAAACCGUUUAAAAGCCUAGAAGACGACUCUGUUUGUUUUCCCUACUGCAGCUAAAGCUUGUCGAACACGACGGUGGCGCAGGCGGAGAAGAAUGGAUACUGAGGAGGCGGCGUCGACGAGGCACACAUGCCUGAAGCUCCAGAUUUCCGCCCCUGCGGACGAACCAAUCUUCGUCAAGGGAACGUGGUUCGAGAGUCGCUUCGACCUCGCCAUCACCGACGGCAUCCGCUCUUGGGUCUGCCUCGCUAGGGAAGAGGAUGUGAGAGAUAGAGCGGCGCAGUGGGAUCAGGCAGUUUCCGAGUAUAUCCAAUUGGCGGAGAAGCACCUAGGGUUUCAAAUCCCUGGCUCGGUCUACAGGUUCGAUGAUGCCGGAGACGGCUGCAAACGAUUAUCAUGGAGCUUUGAAAAGGAAGGAAUGACGCUACAAUGGAGAUGGAAAUGUCAGCCAUCUCCUGAUAGUAAGAAGACGACUGCAGGGAUCUUGGAUUUUCUUAUGGAUGCAAACAUAAGGCUCAGUGAGGAAGUUGUUAGAAAGACUCGGUCAUUCGAGCGAGUCAAAGGGGAAGCUGAGAAAUGUUUGGCGCAAAGUGAGAAGUAUUGCAGUGAGAAACUGGAGUUUGAGUCUGACAUCUAUGCCAAGUUCCUUGCAGUUCUGAAUUCGAAGAAGUGGAAAAUUAGGGAGCUUCGAGAUCAACUCUCCAAGAAAGAAAUUUCGAAAAAGCAGCCAGCACAAGAAGUAGAAGAAGAUGAAGAGGAUAGCGAGGAGGAAGAAGAAGAGAAAGGAGAAUCGACUGACAGAACUGAAAGUUUCGAUGAAGGUAGUGACGGUGAGGGAAAAGAAGCUCAAGAGAAAGCAACAGCAACUUCGAAGGAUGUGACUUCGUCGACAAGCAGGAGAGGAAGGGGCAUUGGCACAAGGAGAAGAGGUACUCGCUAGGUAGGUUGGGGCUAGCCACUCAGAUCUCCCGAUGUAACUAGGAUAACUAGCAACUUCUAACAAAUUAUAACCAGAACCUCUUACUCUUUUUUCUUCCCUCGCGAACAAUGCUCGAAAUUCGGUAUUAGUCACAUCAGACAAUGAGUGCCCACUCAUCCAGGCAACGGCACUAGGAUCUCAAUUGUUCGAGCAUAGCUCACUAGGUACUGUAAUUAACAAUGAAGUCACCAAUGAGGGGCGAAGUUGCUGGUUCUUAGGUUGGAGUUACAUCCAUUUGGUUGCAAUAGUGUUCUUCUUAAGCAACUGGUUCAAGCCUCUGCAGUCUCUCGAUCCAUCUUCUUUGCACUUAUCAGCCAACUAGGAAUCAUGCAUCCUAUUUGAUAACAAAUGAUUGACAUUGGU